GUUAUUUUGUGUGGUAGUGCUGGUUGUUUUGGAUUUUCCCUCCGGACUGUUGCGGUCCUGGUUUUGGGCAAUUGUAUAUGUGCGCCCAGUUUCUUGAAUAUUUCCCCCAUGGUUUGUAGACCAGCUGAAGGAUCGUGUGGAAGCUGAGAGAGAAAUUAGAGGAAAACUGCUGAAAGAGCCUGUCUCUACUGAUAUGGUUGACACCAUGUGGGUGACUAACCUGGUAGCCAUGGCCCUAUUGGCCACUGCAGCCUCCGCUGCCACCGCCGCCUCAGCAGACAAGGUCUUGAGCAACCACGCCACCCUGCUGGCUGACAACAGCGCCAGCCUGGCCUUCAGCCUCUACCAGAACAUAGCCAAGGAAAAGGACCUGGAGAACAUCCUCAUCUCCCCGGUGGUGGUGGCCUCUUCCCUGGGCCUGGUGGCACUCGGGGGCAAGGCCUCCACUGCCUCCCAGGUCAAGACCGUGCUGAGCGCUAACAAAGUGAAGGACGAGCAGCUGCAUGCUGGUCUGGCCGAGCUCCUGGAGGAGGUCAGCGACUCCAAGGCCCGUAACGUCACCUGGAAGAUCAGCAACCGCCUAUACAGCCCCAGCUCGGUCAACUUUGCAGAUGCCUUUGUCAAGAGCAGCAAGAAGCACUACAAAUAUGAACACACAAAGAUAAACUUCAAGAACAAGAAGAGCGCUGUGAAGUCCAUCAACGAUUGGGCGGCUAAAUCCACAGAUGGCAAGCUGCCCGAGGUAACCAAGGAUGUGGAGAAGACCGAUGGGGCCAUGAUCAUCAAUGCCAUGUUCUUUAAACCCCAUUGGAAUGAACAGUUCCACCAUAAGAUGGUGGACAACCGUGGCUUCCUGGUGUCUCACACUCACACUGUUGGUGUACCCAUGAUGCACCGCACAGGUAUCUAUGGCUUCCACGAAGACACAGUGAAUAAGCUGUUCAUCCUGAGCAUGCCCCUGGCCCAUAAGAAGUCCAGCCUGGUGUUCUUCAUGCCCUACCACGUGGAGCCCCUGGAGAGGCUGGAGAAGCUGCUGACCCGCAAGCAGCUGGAAGACUGGAUGGGCAAGCUAAAGGAGACGGCUGUUGCUGUGUCUCUGCCCAAAGUCUGCAUGGAAGUCAGCCACAACAUCCAGAAACACCUUGGGGAGCUGGGUCUGACUGAGGCUGUGGAUAAGACCAAGGCGGACCUGUCCAACAUCUCUGGGAAGAAGGACCUGUAUCUGUCCAAUGUAUUCCAUGCCUCUGCUAUGGAGUGGGACACCGAUGGGAACCCCAUAGACAUAAGCAUCUUCAGCACAGACAAGCUGAAGAACCCCAAGCUGUUCUACGCUGACCAUCCCUUCAUCUUCCUGGUGAAGGACACCAAGACCAACUCCAUCCUCUUCCUCGGCAGACUGGUGCGACCUAAGGGCAAGAAGAUGAGAGAUGAAUUAUAACACUUUGGAGUCUUAUGCGAAGUGUUUUUGUAUUUGUGCGUGUUAUGGUGUUUAUGUGUUUGUAUUUUUCUAUGCAAAGUGAGGAAAGGGAGAAAAUGAAUUGUACGUUUAAUACCUCAAGAGUACAUUCCCAUUUGAUCAUCAAUGUGCCAACAGUUGUUCCUGUUGUUCACUAUUCAUGAUUCAGAAUUAUAUGUUUGUGUUGUAAGAAACAAAGCAUUGUGUACUCUAACUUCACCUGGACAUGGUACUAUCAUCAAGCCUGGUUUCAAAACUGAAUAUCGCCCCAUUUCACAAAAGAGAGUGAUAUUGGGUUUGGUCACCCUCAUGUUUGAGUAUUUAAAUUAAGAUGAGAUCACAGGAUGGAUACUUACAUUAACUAUUGCUUAAAUGUAAAAUAAGCAUUCCUCUGUUUUCCUCUCCUGUCUCCAGUUGGGAUCCCAACUGAUUACACACUCUUUCACUUCACUUUGGAUUAUAGGCUAUUUUUCUGUUGUAGUUGUUUAUUUUAAUUUCACAGAAUCAACAUCAACUUACUUUCAAUAACUAAUUGAACCUUUAUUUUACUAGGCAAGCCAGUCAAGAAAAAAAUAUUAUUUUACAAUGACAGCCUACCCUGGCCAAACCUAACCCGGACAACACUGGGCUAAUUGUGCACCGCCCUAUGGGACUCCCGAUCAUGGCCGGUUGUGACACAGCUCAGGAUCAAACCAGGGUCUGUAGUGACAACUUUAGCACUGAAAUGCUGUGCCUUAGACCGCUGCACCACUUGGGAGCCCACUCAUCCAUUUGAUAGUCAUUCAAAGGUGCUGAGCAAAUUGCUACUUUUUUUUUUUUUUGCCAGGAUUACCGUGUACCUUUCACCAAAUAUCAAAUUGUGAGUUUGUGAAAUUUGUGUGGGCUCUUCCAAUAUCUUUAAUGUUUAAAGUAAAAACAAUUUUUUCACAAG